UUUGGAAACUCCUGAUAGCGUUACAUCGCUGAAUGCGGCCACAUCCUCACCCGUGGAUUAUAAAGCCUAUUUUAUCCAAGAAAGCCACUCUAAAAAACUGGAAUUGUCUGCUGCUCUGCUGCCACAGUCAGUGCUCCUCUGCUGCUAGACAAGGACACUUCAACCUCUGCCUGAGCAUCUUCACACCCCAGAGACUCAGCUUCGACCAACUCAUCAAACUCAAACUUAACAGCGAUGGAGAGACACGUGGCACGAUUUGCCCUUUUUCUGUUUAUCACUGUUGCAGCCUCUGCCUCAAGUCAGACAUGUGAUCCAACGGUGGUUAAUGACAACCCUUGGGUGUACGUGAUCGAGAUGCUAAUUGGCUGUUGGACCAGCUUCAUCGGAGAGGACAAGGCAGAGGUCCACAUCCUUAACCUGAACUUUGCCGCGGAUAGCAACAUGUUCUCUCUUCAGAUGACAAACGCCAAGCCGAUGAACCUUAUCCUCACGUCGCCAAACACUGCCUAUGGUCUAUUCAACAUCAGCCUCGAUGUCAACAUAUAUAUAAACAAUGACUCCACGAUUACCCUACAUGGUAAUCAACAUCACAACAAUGUCCACAAGCAGAACUUCCCCACUCAAGAUGAGGAACUGGUCAAGUGGGCGAGACAGAAGUUUGGGGGUGUGACUUCAUUCACCACAAUCCGAAAUCUGAAAACAUUGUCAUUGACGGGAACCAAAGGAACCAAAGCUGGCUCUCGUUCCUGCAUUCUAAGAGAGGAAGAUGCAUUUGAGAAGCAUUUUAUGAAGAUUGAAACAGCACCCCUGGCUUCUUCAUUCAAAUCUUGCUCACCACCGCAGCAGAACCCCAGUGAUGAUGCAGAGCUUCAUAUCAUAAACAUCCCAGAGAACGCCAGCACUCGCAAUGUAUCACUUCGCGUUAACACUAAGGAGACCAGCGUUUUCCUGAGAGGCCCUCAGGGCACCACAUGGAGCUUCCUCAACCUACAACACACCAAGUUUGGUUCUAACAAUGACAUCCUGCUGACCGCCUUCCCACACAAAAUCCCGCCUUCAUUUACAUUGAACAGCGACAAUGCAGGGGAUGUGCAGAGGAAGGCUUUAGAUCACUUCAGAGCCAGCACAUUCACCAGCUACACUGAACUCAGACCAGAGGACUCGAUGGUUUUACUGGUUCUAGGAAAAAAAGACAACCCUGCAGUUACAGAAACAGCACCAGCAACAGUCACUCCUGGAACACCUAAUGUUGGUCAUCAGCAGAUGCCUCUGCUGAUGCAGCUAUAUGCCUCCCCAGACUACCAUUGCCCCCUGGACCCCGCCAAGGUGCAGAGUGACAAGAGAAUUUAUGCAGAGAUUUCGGGGCACACUUUAGGAGAUUUUGUCUUGACCAUCAAGGUGAUCAGCUGCUUUGUGCGAUCCACGGGCUCAUGCCCUGUAGUGAAAGAGCUGCCCUUCAUGCCAGAGGCCUGCACCUUAAAUUCUUGUCCCAACAGCACCCGACUCAGCUUCUCCUUAGAUCAGCUUCAAGAGCUGGAGUCCACCACAUGGGAUCUGGAAUGCUCCGUCAAACUUUGCUACAGUGAGAAAUGUGGAGAUGGAGGAAGAGUGAAGAGGAAUCUGGAAGUCACCCAGCCGUGUCUGCAACCACCAACCCCACCGUGCAUUGAUUUCGGCCUACCUGGUGUCCUGGGCAUUGCUUUUGGAGGGUUCCUGAUUGGAGUUUUACUUAUUGGAGCACUGUGGUUUAUCAAAAUUAAAACAGGGUACCCAACUGGACUGGACAUUAGCUCAACUGCAGCAAAUCUUCCUGGAUGUCCUUGCUCAGGAGCAAAACGACAACCUGUUUCUACCAAACCAUCCCCCUCUGAGAACAGCAGCGCCAACGCAAGCAUUGGAAGCACCCAGAGCACGCCGACCAGCAGCAUGGCAUGAGAUUAUGGUAAUCUCCACCAACAGCAGGGCCACCGUCUCCCUUCAAAGUCACCUAUACGAGUUUUGUGCUUUUGUUUUCUUUAAUAAUGCUUUAAAAGCAUUUCUACCUUCCCCGCCCCCUUCAAAUUCUUAUUGAAAAGCACAACCCACGUCUUUGACUCACCAAGCCUGUAAUGGAUGUGAUCUGGGAGUUUGGAAUGGUGGAUCGGAGGUGGGGGGGGGGCUGGGUGACGGAUAACAGAAGUCUAAUCAAUGGCCUCUGACGCUCACCUCUGCAGCCUCUCUGUAAAGUCAAGCUCCUAGACAGGAAGUUAAAGAGGGCAAGAGAAAAAAAAAUAAAUUGGCUCCCAGCAACAGGAAAAACAAACCAUAUCCCCCAAGAGCUAACAGGAAAUUCACUACAUUCCUUUCAAUGAAUUGUGCUUGUGUGAUGGCAGCACAAUAAUAGUCAGACAGGAGACAAACCAGUCAAAAGAACGACUUUGAAAAACAGAUGAAAAGCUGUUUUGCAUUCACAUCUAAACUACAAAAAUAUGACGGGCUUUUGGCUUGGUCAGUCCAAAAUGUAAUCAACAACGUCUCGGGGACUGAAAAGCUCAACGUUUGGAUCUCAAACCAGUCAAUGAAAUGCUCACUUAAAGGGGUAUUUGUCUUAAUUGGAGUUCGAGGUCAAAAAUAACAGCUACCUCCUAUUGUUUAGAAGUCUUUUGCUAAGUUUACUCUUAACACUAGAUUUCUCCGGUGAAUUGACCUGAUUUUCUGCAUUUAUUAUUUUUUUCUGUGUCACUUUAAGUGAAUCUUGUAGUAGUAUUUGUAGCUCACAAAACAAAGUCAUGGUGCCAUUUCUAUGCUAUCCAAUAGCUGUAUCAGGGCCUUCAUAUAUGAAAGUCAAGUUUGUUUUUUCUUCCAGUGUUUAAUGGAAGUUACAGAGAAAUAUGCUUGAUUUUGUAAUUACUCAACAAAAUCCAUCUUCAAUGAUAUUUAUUGCCCAAACGUAGCAAUAAAUUAUGAACCAGGAAGAAUAAAAGUACUUUUAUUUUCUAAGCAUGCAGAGAUGCAUGGCUGUAUACAGAGUUCCCAUAAUGAGGAGUUAAUGCCAAAACUCUGCACAUCACUUUUCAGACCUCAGACUUAUAUAUGGACUUAAGCACCACUCAUACAGCUACGCCAACAGGGUGGAGUUUCCCCAAAACAGUCUGUCUGGAGGUGGAAUUCCAGUACUUUUCCUUUUUGCGCAAUGUCCAUUCUCAGUCCAUAACCACUGCCUGACAAUUUCUUAUAACCACAAUUUUUCACAAUAUAUGCCUCCUCUCUGGUAACAUACAUAAACACAUACAUACAAAAAGAGCUUUACAGAAUAUAUUGUAUAAUAGAGUUAACCUGCCUGCUCAUUUUUGAUGUCGCAUCAUUCAAAAUGUAGCCAGCCAUUAAUGCUCUGCUCAUUCUUGUGAUUGGAGAUGAGUGCACUGAAGGACCUCUGAUGUUAUUGAUCCAUGUGACCAGAAAUUGUUAUUCUUUGGAACUUUAGGUACCAAUAAUAGGCUAAAAUGUCCCAUAAUGAAAUUCACAUUAUUAGGUUUUUUUGGCAGAAGAAAAUGGAAUAUUUGAGGCUGUUUGUUUCGAAUAAAUUAUCUAGAAAACCCACUUUCCACAGUAAAACUGAGAAAUUCAAACAUGUGGACUGUACAUAGAUCAUUCUGGUAAACUGAGUUAAAAACCAUUUCCUAAUCCAGCCUAUUUGGACUGUAGUUUGAAUGUAGUUUUUGACAAUGCAUUAAUCAGCCAAUCCAACCCUAAAAAAUAUGUUCCCAUACAACAAAAUUGCAUUCCCAAUAAUGUUUCAAGCGAAAACAGCAUUACAGUUACAGUAUUAAACACAUUAUUAUUUUUUAUCUGUGAAACUGUCGCAGUUUGGUUAGGUUAAGGCACCAAAACUGCUUAGUUAGGUUUAGUAAAAUAAAUCAUCCUUUGGGUUAUAAUAAGUACUUUAAACGUAAAACGUAAGUUAAAAUAAGUUACUUAUGUUGACUUUUGGUUUCACACCGAUCACAAACAGCAGGGUCCUGGGUGAAAGCCCUGUGUUUCUAUCCACACUGACAUCCUCCUUACACAGAUUUUAAAUAGAAACAUAUUUGGGAUAGGUUUAAAACAAACAACAACAAAAAAAACACAGAACUGAGAGAAUAUAUUUUUUCCUCAACAUAUAAUAAACAAUGUAGUUUUGUGGAGGGGAACAUAAAACCCUUGUUCCAAAAAAGUUUGGAUGCUGUGUUUGAGCAAUUCGAGCAUUAGAUAUCUUGUCUUUGUACUGUAUUCAUUUGAAUUCGGUUAUAAAGGAUUUGCAAAUCAUUACGUUGUGUUUUUAUCACACGUUUCUUACUGUGUCCCAACUUUUUUGGAAUGAGGGUUGUAAUUUUUAGGAGCCCCGGCUGGUCAAUCGCUCAUGCUUUUACCACAUAAAGACUGCUUAAUAAAAAAAAAACAUCUCCAGCUUUAUUUUCCACAUAUGGAAUUAUAUGGAAACUGUCAUUAAAGAGAGUUUCUUAUUAAAAUUUUUAAAAUUCUGCUCUUUACAUUUGAUAGGCUGCAUCAGCCACUGCAGUGCUAAUGCUAGACAGAAGCUGCUUCGAUGCAUAAUGGGGACUCAUGAGAGCUGCAACUGUAGAGUGACGGUUGAUCCGUGAACCCGAUAUUUGUUUCAAUGUACAAAUGUAAAUGUAUUUUAUAUUUUUAUUGCCACUCUGUUACCUCUUUAAAGAUAUUCCCAUCACACGUCUUUUGGUAUAAGUAAGCCAUUUGUAUCCACAGUACAUAGCUUUGGCACAAACAUUGUGAUGUUAAAACGUUUCUUUAUAUACAUUUGAAACACUGAUUUAGUUUUACAUGCAUAUAUAUUCACACUCCGUAGUUACUCACUUUCUGAUUUGGUUUGAAUAAUUUAUUCACCUUUAAAGCCUAACCUCAACAGUAUUCAGCGUUUUCCAGAACAACUGCAUUUGUAAAAUGUCUCCUCAUUGUAUGUGAGCUAUGUAGCUUAUCAUCCUCCUCUCGAACUCAGUGUGUGCGUGCAUGUACGUUUCUCUGUGCAUGCCUGAUUUUCUUUGUGUGUUUGUGCAGAGACAGAGAACAAAGAGGGCCAGUACAAAAUGCCACUUGAGUAUUUGUGCAAUAUGAUGAGGUAAACUCUUAUGUAAUGUGUAAUAUGUAUUUUUUUUUAAUCAUGUUUUUUGUAAGUGUUGUAUGACAGUCUUACUUUGUUCUUUACAUAUUUUUUUUCUCUUUUACAUAUUUGGAGAAGUGGGACAAUUCCUAAUCAAGGCACUUAAUCAAAUGUAUGAUUUGUUUUGUAUUGUAAUCUUUUGUUUUUUAUUCUCUUAUCCAUUCGGUUACACUGUAGUCACAGACGUGUCACAUCACAUGUCAAACACCGUACAUUUGGUUCGUUUUUUGGUUUUACCCCUGUUUGACUUUUUGCUCUAACCCUAAGAUUCCCCUACUGUCCAAAAACAUGGCAUAUCUCUGCUGAUGCUGACAUCCUGACAUUGUAUUGUGCUCAUUGUAUCUUCAGUGGGUGUGAUGGGGAAGUACAUUCUGAAAAACAGAAUUUCUCUCCACGGAGAAGCAUCCCAGCACUCACGAACAUGUCGUUUGCAGGGAACAUUCAAACUUAAAACAGCUAAAAAUGCGACGGUUAGUGAGAACUUUUGCAUUUAAUUUUAGGAUUUUUACUUUUCAAAUGUCAGGUAUUCUGUACCUGUGUUAAACCAGCCACUGUGACUGACAGAUUCUGUCCGAGCACUGACAAUAAAAUCAGACAACCUGCCAGUUAAUUCACUUGUUAACCCUGCAGAUCCAUUCGUUACCUCUCUGACAACAGCUUCCUCCUCCACAGACACUCACAGCCAAACGAAAUAUCUGUGUCAGCGUGCGCACAUACACAGUAUAUGUACUCUAUGUGUGUGUGUGUGUGCGCCUGUGUGUAGGUGUACAAUAGAAACGACAUUUAUGUGAGCAGAUCCUUCCUCCAGUCUCUUAACAACGUCCAAAUCCUGAAUUCUUACCAAAGAAUCUCAAGCCUUAACAACACGUCAGAAUGUCUGCUUUGAUUUUUCUGAGUAUAAAAUGCAGUGUUACUUUCCUGCCAUUUAAAAUGGGUCCAUUUCCUGAGGUAGUACUCACCAAAUGUCAUGUUAUUCUAUGUUGUCUCUGAAUAAAUAUAUGUUUUGUCUGAAAUUAUCUUAAUAAAGUGAUUAUGACAAACGUU